AUGACUGACACCCACAGUGACCAAUCAGGGCAAGAGAAAGCUUUGCGAGAGGGACACGGCUGGCCAAUCAGGGGCCUCCCUGCUGGGACGCGCCUGGGGGUACCCGUGGGGCUGCAGUUGGAACAGGAGGCCAUGGAGCAGACCCAGCUGCUGGAGUGGGAGGAGGACGGGGACCCCCCCGGGGGAGAGGCCGACGGGGAAGUGCCUCGGCCCGUGGGGCGGCUGCACCUGCUCAGCAGCAAAUAUGGGCCGGAGCAAGAUUUCUGGAUCUACCCUGGGGAGAACGUGGUGGGGCGGCUGCCGAGCUGCCGGGUCUGCCUGCCGGCCCCCUCGGUCUCCAAGGCCCACGCAGUGAUCGAGAUCCCGGCGCCGGGCGGGCCCCACCUGCUCUACGACCGGGACAGCCUGAACCGGACCCGGCGCCAGCGCGGCGUCCUGCUGCCCCACGUCCGCUACAGCCUGGAGGAUGGAGACACCCUCAUGUUUGGGGACGUGGGCUGCCAGUACUUCCUGCUGCCACCGGGGGGCGCCAACCCCGAGGACUCUCUGGAGGUGCCGCCCACCCAGCCCCGGGCUCCCAACACCCUGGCCAUUGAGGAGACCCCCGUGCCCAGCAAGAGGAUGGGCUACGGGCCCCUGCUGGCCAGGGACUCUGAGGAUGAGGAGGAGCUGCAGGGCAGAGGAAGGCUCCUGCACCUGCCAGGGAGCAAUGGCUCUGACUCCUCUUCUGACACUGGCGUCCGUUCCGACGCAGCCGUCUCCUCCCCGGGCGCAACCGUGGUGCCGGAAAGCGACGAGGAAGGUGGUGAGAUCCCUGAUGCCCCCUGCCCCUCCCUGCGCCUGUGCUACGGCAGCGAGCGGUCCCCCGGCCCGCCGGAGAACGGAGUCGCUGCCCUGGGUACCGAGCAGCCCAGGGCCACGGGGGUGGUUGGGACGGACCCGGAGCCUGCGCUGGCCGCCUGCCACUUGGUCAAGGGGCCUGGCCACACGGGCAUCGCCUCGGGCACGGGGCCAGGAGCAGCUGUCAGGGGCCUGGGGAACGGUUGCCCUGCUGCGGUGGGCAGUGUUACAGAUGUGGAGGAGGAGGUACAGCAUCCAGAUGUUGUGCAGAAGAACCAUGGACCUGCUCUCCUGUGGGACAGCGAUACAGAUGAGGAGGAGGCUGUGGAGAAUCUAGAUGUUGUGGAUCCAAAGUGCCACCCACCUGCCAUUGAGAUGGGCAGUGAUACAGAUGUGGAGGAGGAAGCAGCACAGAAUCCAGAUGUGCAUCCAAAGGACCAUCAGCUUGCUGGAAAUGGGGACAGCGAUACAGAUGUGGAGGCACCACUGGAGAAUCCAGAUGUAGUGCAAGGAAUGAAGAGCCAGUCUGCUGCCCCUGGGGACAGCGAUACAGAUGUGGAGGGGGUUGGUGUGAAUCCAGAUGUUGUGGGUCCAAAGAGCCAUCAGCCCAGCGUUGAGGUGGACAGCGAUACAGAUGUGGAGGAGGAGGCAGCAAAUAAUCCAGAUGUGCAGAAGAACCAUCGACAUACUCUCCCUAGGGGCAGAGCGACAGAUGUGGAGGGGGGAGUGGAGAAUCCAGAUGAUGUGCAUCUUGAGAGCCAUCACUCUGCCAAAAAUGGGGAGAGCGAUACAGAUGUGGAGGAGGUUGCAGAGAAUCCAGAUGUUGUACAGAAGAGCCAUCAGCCCGUCAUUGAGGUGGGCAGUGAUACAGAUGUGGAGAAGGAGAAAGCAGAGACUCCAGUGGUUGUACAGAACAACCAUCAACUUGUUUUCCCAGGGGGCGGAGAUGCAGAUGUGGCGCCGGUGGUGGGAAAACCAGAUGUGCGACAAACGAACAAUGAGCUUGCUGCCCCUGGAGACAGUGAUACAAAUGUGGAGGAAUCUGAUAGAAAUCCAGAUGUUGUCACUGCAAAGAGCCAUCCCCUUGCUGUUGAUGUGGGCAGUGAUACAGAUGUGGAGGAGACUGGGAAUCCAGAUGAAGAGGAGGCAAAGAAUCCAGAUGUUGUAACGAAGCAUCAACAUGCUCUCCCUGGAGACAGAGAUACAGAUGUGACGGGGACAAUGGGGAAACCAGAUGUGCAUCCUAAGGGCCAUCGGCCUGCAGAAAAUGAGGACAGCGAUACAGAUGUGGAGGACUCCGUGGGGAAUCCAGAUGUUGUACAGAGGAGCCAUCAGCCCACCGUGGAGGCAGGUGACGAUACAGAUGUGGAGGAGGCUGAGGAGAAAUCAGAUGUUGGACGACAAAAUGACCCUCUGCCUGUUGCCACUGGGGACAGCGAUACAGAUGUGGAGGAGAAUCCAGAUGUUGGCCAACAGAUGCUCCACUUGCCUACAGCCAGUGGAGACAGCGACACAGAUGUGGAGGGGGCUCCCGGGGUAGAGUUCGACCAGGCACCAGGUCCUGUGGGGGGCCCAGCCCAGGCGGGUGGGGAGGAGCCACCUGCUCCCCAGUCCCAUGUCAGCCCAGAGACCAAGUUGAUGGACACGGAGGGGAACAAGGAGCCAGCGUGGGGCCCAGCCCAGCCUGGAGACGACAGCGAGACGGAUGUGGAGGAUGACGCUGAUUUUGCCCUGCAGGCCACGCAGUGCUACCUGGUUGAGGAGACCCCGUCCUCGGGGGCCGAGGCCGCCAGAACCCCCGCAGCAGCAGAUUCGGGGAGCGGCCUAGAGGAGGAAGCCACCCAGACGUUUGUCUUCAGAUCGCCCCUGCCUGCAAAAGGGUCUGUGAUGUCGCCCCCUGCUGGCCCAGCCCUGCACCCUCCAGUCUGCACCUCUUCAGAGAAGGAGGAGGACUCGGACGAGGAUCUGUAUGUUGUGGAGGCGACUCAGUCGUUCUGCGAGGACCCCGGACUCCACUCGGACCAGCCCACCCAGCCCUUCAUCCCUGAGGAGGACACCCAGCUGCUGCCCCGCCCCCCGCCACCAGGGGGAGCCCUGUCUCAGCCUGCAGUACCCGGCCCGGCCUCUGGGGGGCUGCUGCUUGGCACCCAGGACCCCGCAGUUGCUCCCCUCAGCCCCAAGGAGGAGUCAGAGCCCCCUGGCGGGGCACUGCCACCAGGGGGCGCCGGGAGGGAGCCGCCGGAGGAGGAGGAAUCCCAGCCCGUGCGCCUAGUGCUGAGCGCUCCCCGCAGGCCAGCCCUGGCGCUGCAGGGCGAGGGCGAGCGGGCAGGAGCGGAGCCUGGGGGCAGCAGCUCUGGGCAGCGCCUGAGAGGGCAGGGUGGGCCGGAGGCUGCGGAGAGACGGGCGACCCCAGCGGCUGUCGGGGUCACGGGGGCUGGGCCCCACCCCACGGGGGCAGGGCCUGAGGAUGCUGGGAAGGUCCUAGAGGCUCAUCCCAGUUCCUCCACCCCCGUGAGGCGCCGAAGCCUGCGAUCUGCUCCGGUUCCUGCUCCCCCACCACCAGCUCCUGCCCUGGAGAGGCGUAGCCAGCGGGGUGGGGCGGAGAAGGCCGUGGGGUCCGGAGAGCCCAGCCAGCCCACCCCGGCCGCCCCCCAGCGUAGGGGGCGGCGCCAGCUCUGCAGCCCGGCCGUGUACAUGGAGGCGCCGGAGCCGGGGAGUGUCAAGGAGGUGGAGCAGCCUGGCCCUGUGAAGAGGCCCAGGAGGGCGGUGCGGACUCAGGACCCCCCCACGGAGCCAGAGGCCUCAAGCCAGGGGGCUCCAGGCCGGGCCCGGAGAUCUCGGGUGGCUGCAGGCACGGAACCGGCCCCAGCCGACGAGCCCAUGAGGGGCUCGGGGGGAGCAGAGCCGGAGGUGUCGCAGGGCCGAGCCCGGCGGUCCCAGAGAGCCCCUGCCCAGGAGCCGGCCUCCAGGAGGAGGGGGGCUGCAGAGCCAGCUAGGGAGGCCCGAGGCAAGCGGAGAGGGGUGGCCACCCCGGAUCCGCCUCCGGCACGAGGUGAGGGACAAGUGGGCGGUGCUGUGGCCCAAGAGGAUGCUGGGAGCGACGCCAGAAAGAGGCAGGAGGCGCCGGUCCCCCCAUUGCGCCGCCAGAGCACGGAGAACAAGGUGGAGGGGCUGCGGGCCAGGGCCCCUCGCCGAUCCCAGGGGGCAGCCGGCGGUACGGCCUCCCCCAGGGUGCUGUUCACGGGGGUGAUUGACGAGGCGGGUGAGCAGGUGGUCUCGGCGCUGGGCGGGGCGCUGGCCCGGUCCGUCUUCGACUGCACCCACCUGGUGACGGACCGGGUGCGCCGCACGGUGAAGUUCCUGUGCGCCCUGGCCCGCGGGGUGCCCAUCGUCACGCUGGACUGGCUGGACAAGAGCGGGCGCAGCGCCUGCUUCCUGUCGCCCAGCGGCUUCCUGGUGCGGGACACGGAGCAGGAGCGAAACUUCCACUUCAGCCUGGCCCAGUCGCUGCAGCGAGCGCGCAGGGGGGCCCUGCUGCAGGGCUACGAGAUCCACGUCACCCCCAACGUCAAGCCGGAGCCCGAGCACAUGAAGGACAUUAUCCAGUGCAGCGGGGGGGUCUUCCUGCCCCAUAUGCCUCGGGCGUACAAGGACAAGCGUAUCGUCAUCUCCUGCCCCGAAGACCUGCCCCGCUGCCGACCCGCCCUGAGCGCCCGGCUGCCCGUCGCCAGCACCGAGUUCAUCCUGACGGGCAUCCUCCAGCAGGCUGUCGACCUGGCCGCCUACCGCCUGGACGGGACGCCUGCCCCGCCCCCGCCCAGCGCCACUGCCCCUGCCACCCGGGCGAGCAAGAGGAAGGGGGCGUCGGGUCCUGCCCCCGCCCCACCCAGGUCUGCCAAGAGGCGGCGCUGAGGGGUCAACAGGCCCUGACCUUGGACCCACGAGCCUUAACCCUGUAAAUACCCCGCUUUUCUAGCAGCAA